AUGUAUGACUCACUCUCACUCAUGAAUCCAGAACGGUUUGAAGAACGAUUCGACCAUGAUAGAUCGACUUCUGUUUCGUUGGAGGAAGAUGACAGCAGAUCUUCGGCGUACGGAGUGGAUUUGAGCGAGAAGAAUACGAAUUUGGGUGGGAAAUCUUUUACGAUAGCUGCGAUUUUGGGCCUGACAAAUGCUGAUGAAGAUGUGAUGAAUCUAAGUGUGCAGGAGAGGCUGCAGCAAAAUCAGAAACAAUUGCAGAGUUAUUUGUACAACGGACACGAAGUGCCAAGGCUGAAUGAUGGAUUUUGCAGGAGUAUGGCUGGUCCACCAGUCAUACGGCAAGAUACAAGAGACCUUAAGUCCCACGGCCAGACCCAAACUAAGACCAUCAGAUCACAUUCUGUGUCCUGUAAUAGCACCGGCAGAAGUAAAAGAAUCAGGACGAUAUUCACGCCAGAACAGUUGGAGCGGCUUGAAGCUGAGUUUGAACGGCAGCAGUAUAUGGUGGGACCUGAGAGGCUCUACCUGGCCCAUGCUCUGCAGCUUACCGAAGCCCAGGUAAAGGUAUGGUUUCAAAAUCGUCGUAUAAAAUGGCGGAAGCAUCACUUAGAAGUAACACAGCAGCGAUUGGCUGUACUGCAGAGGCACAGGCCUGAAGACAGAGAAGACAUCUAAAUGUAUU